AUGCUUCUCCUUUCAGUGAUUCGAGACUUGCCAGUCUCGGUCCUCGUCACAUCCUUCGCGCUCGCUUCGUUAGCUCUUCCUACCGUGCGGACCGCUGAACUCACGCCAAACACUUUCAAAGAGUCGACGGCGAACGGACUAUGGUUCGUUGAGCAUUUUUCGCCUCAUUGCAGUCACUGCCGCAACUUCGCACCGACAUGGGAGAAGCUGGUCGUUGAUAUGGAGAAGGAAACGCCGAGUGUGAACCUUGCACAGGUUAAUUGCUUGCUUUACGGAGACCUUUGCGACCAGAAUGGCGUCAAAGGGUAUCCUACGAUAUUCAUGUACGACGCGGGCAAACAAAUUGAGGAAUAUAACGGCAAUCGAGACCUGGACGACCUCAAGACGUUCAUUAAACGAUUCGUCAAAGAGACGCCACCAGUAUCGAAACCACCCACUGUCGUCCGACCACCCGCAGCGGCUGCGCCUAAACCUAAAACACCCUUAAACGUUGACGGCGAGGUCUUGGGACUAUCCGACGAGAUCUUCUCGUCCACACUUGAUCAAGGACCUGCCUUUGUGAAAUUCUUCGCACCUUGGUGUGGGCACUGCAAAAAGCUUGCGCCGCUGUGGAAGAAGCUGGCGAGGCAUAUGAAGGACAAGGUCACUAUUGCCGAGGUUAACUGUGACGACCAUAGCGCCCUAUGCAAGUCCCAAGACAUCAAAGGUUACCCGACCCUCAUAUUCUUUUCUAAUGGUGGUCGGUCAGAAUACAAUGGAGGCCGAAAACUGGAUCAGCUAAAAGAAUUCACUGAGAAGGCUUCCGAAGAUGUCGUGCAACCACUCGAGAAACCUACAGAUCUCGAGGCCCAUGUCGCUAAAGACAAGGUAGUCUACCUCCUCCUCCACUCAGAACUCGACACCGGAAUUCUUGAUAAAAUCCGCAAGGAUGCGGCUGUGCUCCUUGGCACACCAACAAUCUACAGUUCCUCAUCGCCAGACCUCCUCCUUGGAUAUAACAUUCCCUCCUCAGUCUCCUGGUCACUCGUCGCUCUCAAAGAUCACGACUCUCAAACCCCCUCAUCAAUCUUCCAUGGCAGCUCCACCAGCACGCACGAAAAAAUUAAUGUUUGGCUGCUAUCGCACCGACUACCCACGACGCUGGAACUCACUCAAGACACCUUCCAAGCAGUGAUGAACGCACCUCAUGCGCCUCUCGUCAUGAUCGCGGUCUCUACAAGUAAAACGGAGGACAUCAUUGAAGAGCGAUUCCGGGACAUUGCGAAGAAGUGGAGGCUGAGGACAGGGGGGACGGGUGUGUUUAAGGGGCGAGAGGUGGUGUUUACGUGGAUGGAUGCAGGGAGGUGGGCGGAUUGGAUGAAGAGUAUGUAUGGAGUCAAGGUUUCUGGGGGGCAGGAGCACGAGGUGGCUGAUGAUUUGGAUAAUGUCAAGAUUGUUAUUGCUGAUCAUAAACGACUAAGAUAUUAUGAUGUGGAUCGUUCUGGAUCCCCCAUCAAAUUCAGCUCUUCCACGAGUAUUUUCUCGGCGGUUGAGGAUGCUGCGUCGGGGAAAUUGAGCUACAAGAACUCGGAGAACUUUGUGGAACGAUUGGCGAGGUUCCUGAGCGACAAGAUGCUGGGUAUACAGAACUAUGUAAUCGCGUACCCCUUGCGUGCCGCCUUCUUCCUCUUCGUCGGACUAGGUGUCCUCUUUUGGGUGCUUCAUCGUCUCGUUAGCAAUGACGUGAAUGCAGACCCAAGAGUGGAUCAUAAAACGGGCAAAUCAAGUCGGUUGGAUUAA